AUUCAGAAUCGAGAUGGAGAACAUGCUGGAUAGUGGGUAUUACAGGACAACCAGAUGGGCCCUCAAGUUGAUGGGCCAGUGGCCAUUCCAGUCACCACGAAGAAACAAAUUCUUCAAGUGUAUCACGCUCUCCCUCAUCACCAGCAUAUGCAUACCAACGAUGACCAAGUUCGUGGAGUCAUUGAAGGACAUAGAUAUAGUGAUGGAAUGUGUACCAAUGAUUGGAGUUUAUGGUACUGCAUACUUGAAGUACUUCACAUGGGUGUUCCAUCAUGACAGAAUGAAGGGACUGCUACUGUCAAUAGAAAGGGAUUGGAAGAAUUUGAAAAUCGAACGUGACAUUGAAUUGCUUGGGGAAUACUCGGAGCGAGCGAGAAGAAUGAAUAAUCUCUAUACAAGUACUGAAUAAUUAUCAAUUACCCAACGAAAGAUUAACAAUGGAAUAACGCAAAUAGCAAAAUACUUUGUUCCUCGAUUUUUCAAAUCAACUCUUGCCUGAAAAUCUGCCA